AUUAUUAACACGGCAACAACGAGCGAAGCGAACAUAGUCCAUGACCAUAUCUGAUUUUCCUCUAUCUAUGUUGGUCCGUCCGUAGAAAACCCUCCAUGGAGGCGUGGACUUUUUGGUAGGACUAUAAUCUCAGCUCUACAUUCACUCCUCAACAUCCUCAACCCAAAAUAGACGACCCACCCAUGAACAUCACAACCUUAUAAUUCCUUAUUUUUUCCGUUCAUUUUCAAUUUUUCUUACCCAAAUUUUCUGAGGAAGGAAAAAAUUCUGAUGGGUUUUUCCCCAAACCAAAGAUUCACACGACCAGGUUCGACGCAAGAAGAUUUACCCAUUCACUCUUCUUCUUCUUCUUCGUCGAAUAACAACAAUUCCAAGAAGAGAUGGUCCAAUUUGAUGCCCUUAUUGGUAGCCCUAGUUGUUAUUGCAGAGAUCGGCUUUCUGGGUCGGCUCGACAUGGCCAAGAACGUUGCUUUGUUCAACUCAUGGGCCGAGUCCUUCUAUCAGUUCACCUCGUCCUCGCCGGCGAUGGUAGUCGAUGAGGUCGGGUCGGACGUGUUGACUGUUGACCGGAGCUCCGAACUCGAGUCUUGCGAGGAGUGGUUGGAGAGAGAAGACUCCGUGGUGUAUUCCAGGGAUUUUCAGAAGGAACCCAUCUUAGUUAAUGGUUUUGAGGAGGAGUGGAAGUCUUGUGCUGUGGGGUGUAAGUUUGGAUUUAACCCCAAUAAGAAACCUGAUGCUGCUUUUGGGGUACCUCAAGAAACUGGGACAGCUAGUGUGCUUCGAUCAAUGGAAUCAUCUCAUUACUAUUCUGAGAACAACAUUGCUCAUGCACGACGGAGAGGAUAUAGUAUUAUAAUGACAACUAGUCUAUCAUCAGAUGUUCCUGUUGGCUAUUUUUCUUGGGCUGAAUAUGAUAUUAUGGCCCCUUUGCAACCAAAGACUGAGAGUGCUCUGGCAGCUGCUUUCAUUUCCAAUUGUGGUGCUCGCAACUUUCGGUUGCAAGCUCUUGAAGAACUUGAAAAGGCAAACAUUAAGAUAGAUUCUUACGGUGGUUGUCAUCGAAACCGUGAUGGAAAAGUGGACAAAGUACAAGCUCUGAAGCGCUACAAAUUCAGCUUGGCUUUUGAGAAUUCUAAUGAGGAGGAUUAUGUCACUGAAAAAUUCUUUCAGUCUCUUGUUGCUGGAACUGUUCCUGUGGUGGUUGGUGCUCCAAAUAUCCAAGAUUUUUCCCCUUCUCCAGGUGCGGUUUUACAUAUUAAGGAACUGAAGGAUGUUGAUUCUGUUGCCAAGACCAUGAAAUACCUUGCUGAAAAUGCUGAUGCAUUCAAUCAGUCGUUACGGUGGAAGUUUGACGGUCCAUCUGAUUCUUUCAAGGCUCUUGUAGAUAUGGCAGCAGUUCACUCAUCGUGCCGUCUGUGCAUUUACCUGGCAACAAUGGUCCAUGAGAAAGAAGAAAAGAGCCCAGGUUUCCCUAAACGACCCUGCAAAUGUAGCAGAAGGUCAGACACUAUCUAUCAUGUAUAUGUAAGAGAGAGAGGAAGGUUUGAGAUGGUGUCCAUUUUCUUGAGAUCAUCAAAUUUCACUCUGGAGGCCUUGGAAUCUGCUGUGCUCCUGAAGUUCAAGUCCCUGAAACAUGUUCCCAUCUGGAAACAGGAAAGACCGGAAAGCAUAAGAGGAGGGGAUGAGCUCAAAGUUUACAGAAUAUAUCCUGUUGGUAUGACACAGAGGCAGGGUUUAUUUACUUUCAGAUUCAGUGGGGAUGCUGAAUUUAGGAGUCAUGUGGAAAACAACCCGUGUGCAAAAUUCGAGGUCAUUUUUGUCUAGACUGAGGCCCUCAUUUCCUUGGCUCGAAGCAAUUGCCAAUUUCAUAAUUUGCUGCUGAAAUCUUUUUCGCAGAUGGGUCUGUCGGUUUUUGCCUUCUCACUUCAACUUCCCAUAUGCAUUAUUUUCAUACGAUUCAAAAUAUGCAAAAUUACUGUAGUGAAGAAAAACUUAAAAGUACUAGAGAUUUUGAUCUUGUACAUGCAUAAAACUUUUUCCUGUUUAGAUGCAUCAGUAAUUUUUUAGAUCAAGUUUAUACAGGGUUUUGUUUUUCA